GUAAACCCAGUGGUCACGUGACGUAGUUUUGCCUGCACGUUUGCUUUGUUGCCUGCUCUUAAUACAAAAGUCUAAAUGGGCAUUUUGCAAUAAUUAUCUUUCAAUGAAGUUUAAUAGCACAAGGGGUAAAGUGAAAGGCCUUUCAUUCGAAGAAGCGAUCUUCACUGGAUAUGCUUUAGAUGGCGGCCUACUGUUACCUCAAGCAAUACCAAAAUUAGAAAUCAAAAUUCUGAAAGAAUGGGCGACUCUUUCGUACAAGGAGCUGUGCUAUGAGAUCCUCUCAUUAUUUGUGUCUGAGGAAGAAGUACUGAGGCAUGAUUUGAAAGAAAUUAUUAGCAAGGCAUACUGUGAAAGCAAAUUCCCCAACAAGAACAUUUGUAAUCUAACCAGACUUGAUAACAAUCUACACAUACUGGAGCUCUUCCAUGGUAAAACAAAAGCUUUCAAAGAUAAUGCACUUGUUCUAGUGGCUGCAUUUUUGGAUUUCUUCCUGGGGAGGAAGAAAAGGCAUACCACGAUACUGGUGGGGACGUCUGGAGACACGGGUAGUGCUGCUAUCGAGAGUAUACGAGGACUGGCGCUCAUCGACAUCGUUGUCUUAUUUCCAAAAGGAUACUGUAAUACCAUACAGGAACUACAGAUGACAACAGUGAUUGAGGAUAAUGUUCACGUUUUUGAGUGUGAGGGAUCCUCUGAUGACCUGGACAUCCCAGUAAAGAAGUGUCUAACUGAUGAAGGCCUAGUGACCAAGUACAAUCUUGGUAGCAUUAACUCAAUUAACAUUGGCAGGUUACUAGCUCAGAUUGUCUUUUAUUUCUAUGCAUAUUUCAAAGUCUGUAAGGAGGUUGGCUCAAUUGUGAAGUUUGUUGUUCCUACUGGUGCCAUGGGAAACAUUACAGCUGGUUAUGUGGCGUAUAACAUGGGUCUACCCCUUAAGCUUCAUGCUGCAGUGAAUGAUAACAAUAUCGUGCAUCGGAUGAUUAGCCAGGGGGACUUCUCUUUGGCUGAGAGCAUAACAAAGACAUGGUCUCCAGCUAUGGAUAUCCAGAUGCCGUACAACAUGGAAAGGAUGUGGCUAAUAGCGUCCGACUUCAACUACGACCUGGUCUCAUCGUUAACCCAAACGUUUGAAGAGCACAGCGCUGUCACGUCCUUCCCAGAGACCCUGACAAACAAGCUUAAAAUUGUUGUGUCGUCUGAUUGGGUGUCGCGGGAAGCCACCUUGGAUACCAUGCGAAGAGCCUGGGAUAGCUACCACUACCUCGUUUGCCCUCACACGGCCGUGGGACUGAGACUAGCACUUCAGAAACGUGACGCAGAAGAUGACGGUACCCCUGUGGUGUGCGUCGCCACAGCCAGUCCAGACAAAUUUCCUGAGGCAGUGAAAGCUGCCGGUAUAGAUGUGCCACCAUCUCCUGAUAUUCUAAGACUAGCUGAGAUGCCGACAAGAAGAGAAUUCAUGAGACAAGGAGAAGACUGGGAGAAAAUUUUACGAGACAAAAUCGCAAAGAUAGGCUAGUCUCUCUGGACUAGUCUUGAAACAACCGAUAAUUCUUGGGCCCGGAAACUUUAUUAUUUUUUAUUUAUUUAUAUUUUUUUUUGCGUGUAACGCUUUUUUAACUUAUGGGCUAUUGGAUCGAGCUAUUGGGCUGGUGGAUCGAUAUUCUUUAUUUUACUGCACAAGGUGGAAAAUCGUAACUUUAAAAAAUAAUGAUGUUGAUAUUAUCUCAAAUGUUAUCAACAUUACAGUUAGUUAGCUAUGUUAGCGAGCAUUUCAAAUAAUACAAAGGGAGUAUUUUGAGCCAGACAAUUAUCGGGAUCGAGAAACCAAGCGCCAGGCGAUAGGCUGAAUCAUCCAAUCUGGAAUUAUUUUAUUCGAUUUUAGCAGUUUUACUUGUAUCAACUGUUUCCAUUUUAGCAUGUAUUAUUUGUAUUUGCCUAGGCAAAAUAUGUACACGUAUUAUAGUUAAUGAUAAUAACAAGAGAGCAUAAGAUAA